CGACGGGAACCGGCCAGCAGCAAUACACUCGGUCACCGCCGCCGCUGCCGCCGCCGCCGCCGUCUCUCAUUCAUCGUUUCGCCGCCGUAGCCAUAGUCUUCGCCGUGCCGUCUCCAUUGUUGCGCGUCGCCCGUCGCACUCGUCGGUCCGCGGACGUACAUACGCACACGCACCACGCACGCAUACGUACACUUGUCCGCUGCACGCGGCAUACUCAUCAUUUCUCGUGCGCGCACGCGCAUCUUUGUUUUAUUCGAUCUUAUAGUAUUGUUUUUACUGGCACCGUUUCGUAUUUUAUCUCUCCGUUCGUUUCAACGAUAUUUUCGUUCACCGAAACGGAAUUUAUCGCACCGCCGCCGACAGAGACCGUUCCCGCGGCCGUCAAGUCCGAUCCCAGGUAAAAACUCCGUCUCCACCACCGGUGCCCGUGGACGCGCGUUACGAUUCCGCUUCGUUCCGGAGGAUUUCUGUCUUUCCCGCGAUUUGGUUUUCGGCCGUUCAACGGUUCUCCGUCCGCGAAGUCCGCUCGUCAAGUUCCGGCGAACCCGUAAAGGUCUCUCUCUGCAGCCAAGUGCCACCGCGGGAGACGAACAAUAAGAAUGCGCUAUAAACGAUCCUCGGCGUAGUUGCACUUACACCGUUCCGAGCGUGCCUAAACUUCGACUGGACGACGGCCAGUUGAUUCACGACACUUAGACCCAUCAAGAUCGAAAAAUCCGUCUGAUCCGCCACCGCUGCUGCUCUUCGGUCGAUUUCAUUACAGGCGAGAAAUUACAAUUUUACCACCGGUGGUCACUAAAAAAAGUGGCUAACACCGGGUUAGAGUAGUAUGGACUCUGACGAAGACUUCAAACAUUAUUCGUCGUGCUAUUACGACGACGACACCGAUCGUGCUUUUUAUCCAGAAAACGCACAACAUCAACACCAGCUGGAUACUAAAAGUUGGUUCGACUGCGAAAAGACAGCAUUAGUGACAAAUCAGCAACCACAGGGCCCACCGCAACAGUUAAUACUUGACAAUAUUGUCACAUCAUCAGACAAUAAAGUUCGCAUUAGCAAAAGUGUCAAUCGAUGGACAAGUAAUACUGAAUUACCUAGGGAUUUAGUGUGUGAUGUAGAAACCAGUACUCAGCAAUCAGACAUGUCUUCCGGAGGUGAUGAAUUUCGAAGCAGCCCAAUUAUGAUGCCAUCGUCUGUGUCUUCUACAAUGAUGUUAUCCAACAAUAGUUGCAGUGCAAGUGAUAUGAACGGAGCUAUAACAGGCGAAAAUAGCUGUGGUGGACUCGUCGUCAUUAAACGAGAGCCCAACACACUUCAGGACUACAAAAGUAUCUCAACCAACUAUAGCAAUAACACGACGGAUGGAUGUAAUAUGCUUCAAAAAGUACCGUCUCUCAGUGAUUUGUCGGACCCAGAAAAUUCAUUAGACCAAACGCCGACUGCAACAAACGUAAACAGUACAAAUACUAAUGCUGGUGGACAGUUGGUUCCACCGCCUUUAACGCCAGGUACAAAUAAGAAAAUGACUGAAGCGCUGCAAGCUACAUUCGCAUCGUGGGAAAAAGAACGACACAAGUUUAAUGUACCAAAAGAUCCUAGACUCUGGACGGAAGCGCAGGCCGCGCACUGGUUCUGGUGGGCCUACCGCGAGUUCUCCGUGCCCGAGCCACCGCCCACGCCGCUGCUGCGCCGGGUCGUCUGCGGCGGAUCGCAGUUCCAGAAGUUCUCCUCGGCCGGCCCGAACACCGCGUCCACGAUCAUGGGCCGCGGCAGUCAGAUGAUUCGCGAUCGCGUCCGCCGCGGCCGCCGCCGCAUCCGCAGCACCAACAACAACGGCGGCAGAAAGUCGCCGGCGAGCAGCAACGACGACGGCGACGCGGACAAGGACGUGCAGGACGUGGACGACGACGACGACGACGACGACGUCGACGACGACGACGAACCGUACGACGAGUUGAUAUCGUCGUCGAGCAGCAACAAGCCGCUGUACGCCCGCAAGGGAAGGCACCUGUGCAACAUGGGACGCGAACGGUUCGUGGCCGAAGCGCCGCCGUUCUUGGGCGACAUUCUCUGGGAACACCUCGAAAUGAUGCAAAGAGAUGCCGACAGGGCCUUGUCGAUAACGAUGUUCGGUGGCAAUGGUCAAUUGCAUCCGUCUUCGUUGCACGGCGUCAACAGCAACGGUGCAUCAAGUUUUUACUCUGAAAAUUUCGGCCAACAACAGAACAGACACCAGUUAGACGACAUGUUCUCUUCCGCGUAUCCCGUGCCGCCGGUCGCGUCCGAACCGCAACAGCAUAUCCGGUUGCAAUCGCCUCCACACCGACUGAACCAUCGAAAUCGCAAUCUUCAUCACGGCCAACAAUACGAAACAGGAAUUACCUACACGACGAGCAUAGGCACCACAACACCACCCAGCCAAACCGGCGGCAGCGGUUCCACGACGCCGGACAACAACAACGCGGGCGGUUUGAUGGUUGGUGCCGGGGAGAACGUCAUGGAGUCAACCGUGUCGUCGCCUCCCGAGCUUUAUCCUCAACAGCAAGCACCUCAGCCGCCGCCAUCUUUACCUCUAAUUCAACAGCAGCAGCAGCAGCAGCAGCAGCAACUCAUGCAGCAACAGCAGCAGAGCCGUUACCAGCAGCACAGGGACUAUCACCAUCAACAACAGCACCGCGCUAAUCACGGCCGGUACAUGCAGCAGCAGGACAACAGCUACGCGGCCGAACAGCAGUCGUACCCGACGACCAGCGGCAGCCCGUACUUGGACGCGAGCGGCGGUACCACGUCGCCCUAUCUCAGCGCGGCCGGUACGUCCGUGCCGCCGUCCCAGUCGGCCGCUCAGACCGUGCCCAACGGCGCCACCACGACCACCGGACCGACUCAUCAGACCUCCGCGGCCACCACGGCCGUCGCGAUGUCAGCGGUCGACCACUGGACAGUGGCCGCGGCCGCGGCCGGUGCCGAUUCCGCGCUCCAGCUGCAGCACUUCAUGCACCAGCAACAGUACCAGCAGCAGCAGCAACAACAUCAGCAGCAGCAACAGCAUCAUCAUGGCCAUCAACAACAACAGCACCAUCAUCAACAGCAGCAGCAGCAGCAGCAACACCAUCAUCACCAUCAUUACAACAACAACAACCCGCACGUUCAACAGCAGCACCCGCAACACCAUUUGAUGGUACCCGGCGGCGGCAACAACAACAUGGGUGUCGAAAUAAAACCGUGUUUGCAAUUACAAGCGCCACCGCUCAUCACAAGUUACACGCCGAACGGUGGUCCCUGUUUUACCGGAAGUGGUCCAAUACAACUGUGGCAGUUCUUGUUGGAGUUGUUGACUGAUCGCACUUGCAAAGCGUUCAUAUCAUGGACGGGCGAUGACUGGGAAUUCAAACUGACCGAUCCGGAUGAAGUGGCCCGCAGAUGGGGCGUACGCAAGAACAAGCCCAAGAUGAACUACGAAAAGCUGAGCCGUGGCCUCCGGUACUACUACGAUAAGAACAUAAUACACAAAACGGCUGGCAAAAGAUACGUGUAUAAAUUUGUUUGCGAUCUCGAAAAUCUCCUUGGCUACAGUGCUCAACAACUGCACGCUCUAGUGGACUUCAAGCCGGAGUGUGGAAACAACAAAGACGACGAGUAGAUGGCGGUGUUCAUAGCCGUCGUCGUUUUUACUGUGUACGAUCGUAAAGACUGAGCUGCCGAACGAUAAUUCAAUAAUUCUCAUAUCUAUAACGAUAAAUUACGAUACCCAAAUAAAAACCGUAGACAUUAAAAUAAAAAUAUGAAUUUGACGAACACCGUGUGUCGCCUAAAAAUAAAACAUUAUUAUUAUGUACGGUUUA